AUGAUUGGUAAUUCAGCUAUUAGAGAAAUUACUCGUUUAUGUUCUAACUUAAAAUACUUUAGUCUAGAGGGUUGUAAAUGUAGCAGAAAAGUAAUAGAAAAGCUUGAUCGGAAUAUUGAGGUAGAAUGGUUUGGUACAGAAAGUGAUUGGUCUGAUACAGGUAGUGAAAAU